UCCCUUGGAAUCUUAGAGAGGCGGGAGAAUAUGAAUUGUGACAUAUUUGAGGAGGUACGUAUGGACGAGUAUUAUAAAGAUAUUGGUCCCAAGCGCUUCACAUUUUCGGUGCGUUGGCCCUUCACGAUGCGUGGAGCUAAGAUAGAGGAGCUCAAGGAGACGAUGUACACGCACGGUUUAUGGCCCACUCCAAGACUUAUUCUUACAUAUGAACAAUUGAAAAAUGAUCAUGAUAAACUUUUUGACGAGCCUAACUUCAAUAAGAUGUUUGACAAGUACAAAGAAGAGGUAUUAGAAGUUUGGCCUGAUUUGAAGAAUCCAACAUGUCUGAUGGCUGCCAAGAGACUGAUAAUCAAAGGGUGGAAUUGGCACGGCAAGCCUGCCGGCAUAAAAUCCACAAUGUAUCUAUAUUAUGGACUUGCAUUGAGAAAUGCAAUACCAGAUAAUUUUGGUAUUCCUGUUGGAGUGCCCAUGACGCUGAAGGAUGCAUCCAAGUAUGCUAAAAAUGUGAUGAUGGAACUGAAAAUAUUUGGAAAGGAGAUUGGCGCACCUGUGUAUCCUGAGAUAUACACUAGCAUUCGUCAAAGUGGUGCGCCUUUUAUCAUUAAUGAGAUAAGGCCACAUUUCACAAGAGUGUUGGUGAAUGGUAAAGCUGAAUUUAGAGCUAUUGGUGUGGAAGAUAACAAAUAUUACACUGGAGCGGCCAAUCAUGAAAAGUCGAUUGUCAUUUUGCCAACGCGACAGCAGCAUCUAUCCAGUGACUUCAGCUCAGCUCAGCCCACACGUUUCAACUCAUCUCAACCAUCGUGGUUCAGUUCACCUCAGGGGCGCCUUUGAUCAAAUUGUGCAACCACUCUGUGAUGAGUACUUGAAUCGUACUCAUAACGAACGUCAUAUUCCAUUAUUUCGGGUGGAACUCCAGGUGCAGCUGGUUCUACUUCAACAGGCUCCUCUGCAACGGGAUCCUCCUGAGGAUUACUAGUUGAACCUUGGUGGGAUUUAUCUUUUCUCCUACGCCUACCCAUUUGCGAGUAACUAGCUAGUAA